AUGGAGAAAAUCAACAACAUGUUACGCCAAGGUGUCGAUAUCAACUGCGUAAAUAAAGAAGGGUUGACGCCACUUCUCCAACUGAUAAAGAAUGGCCAUUCCAGGAAAGAUUUGAUGGAAGUUAUUCGAAUCUUGUUGUAUCAAGAAAGAAUAGACGUGAAUUGUAAGGAUCAAGAAGGAUGGAAUGCCCUGUUUUAUGUGUGUCGGCUCUAUCACCAGAAGAACCUGGUCGACAUCGUCAGAUUGUUGAUACAUCACGGAAUCGACGUUACCUGGAAAAAUCAAUUACGCCAAAAUGCCUUAUUGAUACUGUGCCUGCAUUACCCACAAGAAAACUUGAUAGAUAUUGUCCGUCUUUUAAUUGACAACGGCAUUGAUAUUCACUGGCAGGACAAGGACGAAUGGAAUGCCCUAAUGUUUUUAUGCACCAAUUAUUCCGGUGAUAAUUUGAUUGAUUUAGUUCGACUCCUUAUUGGAAAAGGAAUCGAUGUUAACUGCAGAACACAAGUAGGAUGGAAUGCCCUACAUUGCUUGUGUAAAAAUUACCAGAAUAAUAACUUAAUUGGUAUUGUUCGACUCCUGAUUGAGGCCGGAAUCGAUAUCAACAGCAGAAACAAUGACGGCUGGAAUGCUCAACAUUGCUUAUGUAAAAACUACAAGAAUGUUAACUUAAUUGAAAUUGCUCGAAUUUUGAUUAGAAACGAAAUCGAUGUUAACUGCAGAACCCAAGACGGAUGGAACGCCCUCCAUAUUUUAUGUGGAAGUUACACAGGAAAAAAUCUGAUUAACGUAGUUCAACUUUUUAUCGACAAUAGGAUCGACGUCAAUUGCAGAACAAAAGACGGGUGGAAUGCUUUACAUAGCUUGUGUAAAAGAUAUAAGAAUAUUAACUUAAUCGAUGUUGUCAGACUUUUGAUUAAGGCCAGAAUUGAUAUCAACUGCGUCAAUCACGACGGAUGGAACGCCCUCCAAAUUCUAUGUGGAAAUUACGAAGAAGAAAAUCUGAUUAACGUAGUUCAGCUUUUCAUCGACAAUGGGAUCGACGUCAAAUGCAGAACCAAAGACGGAUGGAAUGCUCUUCAUGGCUUGUGUAAAAAUUACAAGAAUAUUAACAUCAUUGAUUUAAUUCGGCUUCUGAUUAAGGCUGGAAUUGAUAUCAACUGCAGAAACCAACGCGGAUGGAACGCCCUCCAUAUUUUGUGUGCAAAUUACGCGAAAGAAAAUCUGACUGACGUAGUUCAGUUUUUUAUCGACAACGGAAAAAUCUACGGACAUAGCGGCUGGAAUGCUCUUCUUAUUCUGUGUAGGUACAAUUCAAGCAUCAAACUUAUCGACACACUGCGACUGUUGAUUCGAGCUGGGAUUGACGUGAAUUGCCAGUCAAAAGCACCCAGUCCUCAAUUUCUUAUUCGACAAAAUUACAAACAAGAAAACAUGGAAGAAAUUAUUGCGCUUCUUAACAAAAGGAGUUUACCGAUGUAA